CGCUUCCCGUGCGCCCAUCACGAAAAUCCUCCAAGAUGCCUAUAUAGGGAAGCUCCCCGAUUCGCCACACGCUUCGUCGCCAAAUUCCUCUCCUCCUCCUCCCUGCAGAGAUCCUAUACAUAGACGGUGUCCUCCGCGCGGGGGCGCACUUCAGCUCGUCUCGCCUCGCGUCCAUUCUGCCGCGUGCGUGUGCGUCCUCCGCCCCCCCCCCCCCCCCCCCACCCGUUUAACGGUUGGGCCGCGCCUUCGGUGCUCGCACGCACGAGGGGAUCGGAGAGGAGCAGCAGCGACCGACGGCCUCCGCCGCGAAGGAGAGGAGGGAGGGGAGGGGGAGGAUGAUGCGCUGGUCGUCGUCGGCGGCGCAGGCCGAGCAGCCGAUGUGCGACGCGGUGGCGGCCGUGGUGGCGGCGCGGCAGGGGAUGGAGAAGCCGCUCACGGCGGUGGCCGAGGCGUUCGAGGAGCUGGCGCGCUGGAUGGAGGCCGACGGCGGGGAGCUCCGCCUCGCGCCCUUCGGCGACACCUGCGCCCUCGUCUCCGUCCUCUUCAACUCCCUCGGCAUCGCCUUCAAGUUCGCCGAGAGCGAAUACGUCACCAAGGUGAACGACCUCAUCGGGGCAUCCAAGGAGUACGCCACGCUGAACGACAUCCUGGACCAGGACGUCGAGAACGACUGCGUCAAGAAGCAGGGCAGCCAUUCCCGGAACCUGCGCAGGGUCCGGCUAGGGCUCGGCCUCAUCAAGGCUCUCUUCGAGCAGUUCCUCGCAACCGAGGGUACGUUGUAUGAUGCUGCUACGACAGCUUACGGGCAGGUCUGCGCGCCGUUUCAUAGCUGGGCAAUCAGGAAAGCUGUUGGUGCUGGGAUGUACACUCUCCCAACCAGGGAGCAGUUGAUACUGAGGUUGAACGAAACUGAUUGCUCUGUGCAGAAGGAGAUGAGGAGAUACAUUGAUGCUUCUAGUCCUAUUAUAGAAUACAUCGAUAAACUUUUCCUCUCGAGGAACAUUGUCUUAGAUUGGUGAACUCAACUGAGGAUCAUACGUGCAGCUCUCUUGACAAGCUGUUACUGAUGUCAUUGUUUUAUUUUAUUUCUCGUAGCUUUUUAGCCUUGGUGGGUGGUGGAUGCUCUCCCUUUGCACCGUAUCGUGUACGUACUGUACGAUUAUAUGAAAAUUCUAAUUCUCAAGAAAGUAAGUAUGGCAUUCUAGUA